AUGGCCGAAGGCAAGCAGUUGUACUUGGACGAAGAUCCCAUUCGAGUUCCCGGCAUCAACUAUAGCGUCAUCAGCUUCCUUACACCAAGGGGCCCGCAAAAGUGUGAGACCUUUGGUGUCAAGGUCCGAGGUUCGUUUGAUACUUAUGACCAGGCCAACGCACAUGCCCAGAGGCUGGCAAAGGUGGACCCAGCCUUUGACAUCUAUGUCGUUGACUGCUACCGCUGGCUCACCGCAGCUCCUGACCCUAAUCUGCUCGACAAGAAGGUGUACAACAAUCCCACGUUGAAUACACUCAUGGAGUCGUAUCAGCAAGAGCAAGAACGAGCAAAGCAGCUCUUUGAGGAGCGCAAGGCCAAGCUCUUUGGCGUGAUGCUCGUCCUUAGGGGCGUCCUAAUCUACACGACCGGCAGCCUCCGGGUUGUGAGGGGCGCCCGAGCCCGCCUGCAGGCGCUGCCUGAGCGGAUGGACGCGGCUACUGCUGCCUUGAGGGCCGCGGACUCUGCCACGCAGGCGGCCAAGGCUGCGGCCCCAAAGAAUACCGUGCAAUAUCUGCCAACCCUGGACAUGUUCUUUGCGGGCAAGAGUGUAGGCACCUACUUGUCGGACAACAUGUUCAAGCUGAACGACCCCCACCCGUCGGGGACAUAG